UCCAUAUGUAUAUGUGGACGGAAUAAGUCACUUGCAAACUUCAUUUGCAGUUUAAACGCCCAAUUUAUUGUUCUCUUAUGAAACCUUUUUGAGAGAAGAGGGCAAAAAAUGAGUAAUAUUUUUUUUGUUAAUGUACUGCCAAAGGCUCACUCCUAUGUGAGAAGUAAAUGUAGUAUAUAUGGAGUUAAUUGUAUGAAAGCCUAUUCCACCAAUUGGGAGCCCAAGGAACCAAUUGUGCGUACAAAAACAAUACCUGGACCGAAAUCUAUUGAUCUUAAAAAUCAAUUAAAUGCAGUACAGAGUACUGGAACCAUUCAAUUUUUUGCUGAUUAUGAAAAAUCUGCAGGAAACUAUAUUUUUGAUGUAGAUGGCAACGCUUUACUUGAUGUUUACACUCAAAUAUCAUCAGUGCCUCUUGGCUAUAAUCAUCCAAAGUUGCUCAACAUUUUUAAAGAUGACAAAAAUUUAAAAACACUGAUCAACAGACCGGCACUUGGAGUGUUUCCUGGAAAAGAAUGGCCGGAAAAACUGAAUUCGAUUUUAAUGAACAUUGCACCAAAGGGAUUGAACAAAAUCACGACCAUGAUGUGUGGUUCAUGCUCUAAUGAAAAUGCUUUUAAGAGUAUUUUUAUUUGGUAUCAAAAUAAAACUCGAGGAGAUGCAGCAUUCACAACAGACGAAAUGAACUCAUGUAUGAUCAAUAUGGCGCCUGGCGCGCCGAACCUUAGUAUUCUUUCAUUUAAAGGAGCUUUUCAUGGCCGCACUCUGGGCGCAUUGUCCACCACACAUUCGAAGUACAUUCAUAAAAUUGAUGUUCCAUCUUUCGAUUGGCCAAUUGCAUCAUUCCCGCAAUACAAAUAUCCAUUAGAUGAGAACAUAGCGGAAAAUAGAAAAGAAGAUGAAAAGUGCAUAACUGAAGUACAAAGUUUAAUUGAGGCUUAUAAGAAGAAAGACAAGCCAGUGGCCGGUGUUAUUGUAGAGCCGAUUCAAAGCGAAGGCGGCGACAAUGAAGCUUCGCCUGAAUUUUUCCAAGCCUUACAGAAGAUUUGUAAGGAAAACGGGGCUGCACUUUUGAUCGAUGAAGUUCAAACUGGAGGUGGAAGUACCGGCAAAUUUUGGUGCCAUGAGCACUUUAACCUUGAAUAUCCGCCUGAUGUCGUUACAUUUAGCAAGAAACUGCAGCUUGGAGGAUAUUUCCAUAAUAGCGAUUUCGCCCCUAAAGAACCUUACAGAAUUUUUAACACUUGGAUGGGCGAUCCAAGCAAAGUAUUGCUUUUGGAAGAAAUAUUAAAGGUUAUUAAAGAUGAACAACUAAUGACAAAUGUUGCAGCUGCCGGUAAAGUAUUGAAACAGGGUCUAUUAAACUUGGAAAAAGAAUUUCCACAACUAUUAAAUUCUACUCGAGGACGUGGAACAUUCUUAGCUGUUAACUGUUCUAACAGCAAAGUAAGGGAUUCCAUAGUCAGUACAUUAAGAGUAAACGGUGUUCAAACAGGUGGCUGUGGAGAAAUUUCUAUUCGAUUCCGCCCUGCUUUAGUAUUUAAAGAAGCUCAUGCUAAUAUUGUUUUAGAUCGUUUCAGGAAAGUUUUGCGAACAAUGUAAACUUUUAUAUAUUGUAAACAAAU